AUGGGAUUUCACACUCGUUCUCCUUUGAAGUAUUUCUCCUUCCACCGGUCCGGUUGCAGAUCGCGGCCGCGCGCGGGCUACAUGGGCCACGUGGUGCAGAUGCUGCGCUGCGUGGACAAGGCGCUGGAGGACGCGGCCGUGCAGGCGCUGCUGCCCGCGGCCGCGCUGCAGCGCCACCAACACUUCCGCCACCACCACCUGGAGCACCUGCUGCAGCGGCUCGACACGCCCCUGGGCGGGUACUAUCCAUCGGAGAACACUUACGAGUUUAACGAGAGGAUGGAGGACGUGCCCGCCGACAUCAAUGCAGACGACAACGUCGAGUCGCUGGCGACGGCGGUGCCUCAACCAGACGUGAGUAACCGUUUAAUGAUAACAGAAACACAUUCCACCGCCCGUGCACACUAA